GAAUAAGUAGAGGUUCCCGUCGGAUUUUCUGGAGAAAUUGCUGUUGAUUUUUAGGGUUUGAAAUAGCAACGGAUCCCUCUUCUCGUUGGCUCUUUCGAGAGCCAUUGUGGACAGAGCUUUUCCCAUUUUCCUUCACUUCAAAGAGAAAAGAGUCAGAAAUGGCGAUAUCUAGGGUUUCUUUCGGAGCUUUCGCGAUCGUCACGCUCAUUUUCGGCAUCGUUUUACCUGCAAUUCAAGCGCAGACCCUUGCUCCGGCUCCGGCUCCUGCCAGUGAUGGGACAUCAAUUGAUCAAGGGGUGGCCUACCUGCUGAUGUUGGUGGCGCUGGUUCUCACAUACCUCAUCCACCCAUUGGAUGCCUCCUCGUCUGGGCUCUUUUAAUUUGGAUGUGUGAUGGGAUGUUCAAGGAGAGGGAGAGAUGUAUCAUACAUGAUCGUUUGACUAUUUGGCUGUUGGUGUUUGAUUUGAUGAUUCGGGAUUUUGGAUGAGUUGGUGGGUUUGUAUUUUCAUAUUUUUAGUCCUUUAUCCUCUUUCAUCUACCAUGUCAUGUCUUAUUUGAAUUCUUGAAUUAGCACCUCGCUUUUGUCUC